AUGAUGCUAGCUUGGUUUGAACUAUGCAAGGUGAAUGCGUUGGCGAAGACACUAACCUAUGUUCAGAUCCCAAAUUUCUUUACCUACGAUUCAUCCAAGAAACGUUUUAAAGAGAGGAAACAAGGGUUUUAUAUUGGAAGAAUCAAUUAUGCUCCAAGAAAGGUUGAAGAUGCCUAUUAUCUUCGAGUAUUGUUGGGUGUAGUGCGAGGUCUGGAGAGCUUUAAUGAUAUCAAGACGUACAAUGGUGUUUUGUAUCCGUCUUACAAAGAUGCCUGUUAUGCUAGGGGUUUACUAGAGAAUGACCAAGAGUAUGUAGAUGACAUAGUCAGGAGAAGCUUUACGUGUACUCCUGCAGAUCUGCGACAGCUUUUUGUCAUCAUGCUUAGUUCAGAUAGUCUUACUUCUCCUGAGGUUGUUUGGAAUAGUACUUGGGAGAUUCUCUCAGCUGACAUUGAAUUCAAUAGAAGACGGCAUCUUAACAGACCAGCGUUGAUAUUAAGCGACGAGGAUAAAACAGAGUUAGCCCUUCAGGAAAUUGUGAAGAUUAUUAAAAGGAAUGGCGGUGAUUUCAAAAGGUUCACAACGAUGCCUAAGCCAAAAGGAAUGAAUCAAGAUACAGACAAUGUCUUAGUUGUCGAUGAAACAAGCUACAAUCGAGAGCAAAUGAAAGCUGAUCACGACAGAGAUCUUCCGAAGCUCACGACGGCUCAUUCGAGGUUUGGUAUACCUAUAAAUCCUUAUGAGUUUACGACAUGUACUAUGAAGAAAGGUUGUGAUCUUGAAAACUUAGUAAAGGAAGCAGAACUUAUUAUAUGGGAUGAAGCUCCAAUGAUGAGUAGGCAUUGUUUUGAGUCUUUGGAUCGAAGUCUAGCUGAUAUAAUGCGUAACACAAAUGGAAAGCCGUUUGGAGGAAAAUUUAUUGUUUUUGGAGCAGACUUCAGGCAGGUACUUCCUGUGAUUCCUGUAGCCGGAAGAGCUGAGAUCGUAUUGUCCGCACUUAACUCUUCUUAUAUGUGGAAACACUGUAAAGUUUUGAAACUGACCAAGAAUAUGCAUUUGCUCUCCGGGUUGUUGAGUGAAGAAGAAGCAACUGAUAUUAAGGAAUUCUCAGAGUGGAUUCUUGAUGUCGGCGAUGGCAAAAUUAACGAACCUAACGAUGGUGAGGCAGAAAUAGAGAUACCUGAUGAGUUCCUUAUCACUGACCAAGAGGAGCCUAUCGAAUCUAUUAGUCGGAAAAUUUAUGGGGAUGCUUCUUUUCUGAACCAGAUCAAAGACCCAAUAUUCUUUCAAGGAAGAGCUAUUUUGUGUCCCACAAACGAAGAUGUUGACAUGAUCGAUCAACAUAUGCUAGACAAGUUGAAUGGGGAGGAAAAGAUAUAUCUAAGUUCUGAUAGUAUUGACCCUUCCGACGUAGCAGCUGUUAAUGACGAAGCUCUGAGCACUGAAUUUCUUAACAGUAUAAGAGCAUCUGGAUUACCUAACCACAGUUUGAGGUUGAAGAUUGGCUGUCCAGUGAUGUUGCUUAUAAAUAUUGAUCCUAUAGGAGGGUUAAUGAAUGGAACUAGGUUACAGAUUACACAGCUAGCAGAUUUUAUGAUUGAAGCAAAGGUCAUAACUGGAGAGAAGACAGGAGAGAUAGUUCUUAUACCAAGGCUUUUAAUAACACCAUCGGAUGAUAAACUUCCGUUUAAAAUGAGGAGAAGACAGUUGCCCCUUGCCGUUGCUUUUGCCAUAACUAUAAACAAGAGCCAAGGGCAAUCUCUGUCUAAGUUGGUAUUUUUUUACCAAGACCUGUAUUCUCCCAUGGUCAGCUUUAUGUAG